UGCGACGCCGCCGCCGCCGCCGCCGCCGCCGCCGCCGCCGCUGGGUUUCGGCAGCUUCGGAGACGGUGGGCUCGCCCCGGAUGGUUGCAGCAGCGGGAUCAUGACGGGGAAGAAGUCUUCCCGGGAGAAGCGGCGCAAACGAAGCGGUCAGGAGGCGGCCGCAGCGCUCGCGGCGCCGGACCUGGUGCCCGCCUUAGCCAGCAGCGGCAGUGGGAGCACCAGCGGCUGCGGGAGCACCAGCGGCUGCGGGAGCGUCACCUGCUGUGGAAACACCAGCUUCAGUGGAAGCGUCACCGGCGGCGGGAGCGCCGGCAGCUGCUGGGGCGGGAGCAGCGUGGAGCGCGGCGAGCGCCGGAAGCGGAGGAGCACGGACUCGUCCUCCAGCGUCUCGGGGUCCCUGCAGCAGGAUACCAAAUACCUUUUGCCAACUUUGGAAAAAGAAUUAUUCUUGGCAGAGCACAGUGACCUUGAAGAAGGUGGACUGGACCUGACUGUGUCAUUAAAACCAGUUAGUUUCUAUAUAUCAGACAAAAAAGAAAUGCUUCAGCAGUGUUUCUGUAUCAUAGGCGAGAAAAAGUUACAGAAGAUGCUUCCUGAUGUGUUAAAGAACUGUUCAAUAGAAGAAAUUAAAAAACUAUGCCAGGAACAGUUAGAGCUCCUGUCUGAAAAAAAAAUCUUGAAGAUUCUUGAGGGUGACAAUGGUAUGGAUUCUGAUAUGGAAGAGGAGGCAGAUGAUGGCCCUAAGAUGGGAUCUGAUUUAGUCAGUCAACAAGACACCUCUGUAGAUUCUACUUCAGCUGUGAGAGAGAACAAGCAACCUGAAGGUUUGGAAUUAAAACAAGGCAAAGGGGAAGAUAGUGAUGUACUCAGUAUAAAUGCAGAUGCUUAUGACAGCGACAUAGAAGGCCCAUGCAACGAAGAAGCUGCUGCUCCUGAGGUCCCAGAAAAUACAGUCCAAAGUGAAGCUGGUCAGAUAGAUGACCUGGAGAAAGACAUUGAGAAAAGUGUGAAUGAGAUUCUGGGACUGGCAGAGUCUAGCCCAAAGGAACCCAAAGCAGCCACCCUGACUGUUCCUCCACCAGAAGAUGUUCAGCCUUCCGCACAACAGCUGGAGCUGCUAGAACUUGAGAUGAGGGCAAGAGCUAUUAAAGCCCUAAUGAAAGCUGGUGAUAUAAAAAAGCCAGCCUAGUUAUUUGACUUGAAUCUGAAUUCUAGGUGUGUUUGAGCAAAGUCACAUCAUAUAAUUUUGUAUAUGAAGUUUAUUUUGGGUCUCAUGUGAUAUUUCUCAUGUAAUCCUUAUUAGAUAAACUCAUCUUAACCCUAAAAUACCUGUGGUUUUUUUGGUUGUUGUUACUUUUAUAUAUAUAUGUUACUGCUUUAUGAACAUGGCAAAUAUCAUUGGAUAACCUGGAUACUUUGUUAGUUGAGCAUUUAGCUAUAUCUGCUAAUUAAUAUCUGAAAAGCCAUUAGCAAAGAGUCACUGUAAUUUUUUUCCUUCAUUUUUAAAUGUUUUGGCAUCCAGCCUAAAAGCUUAAGAAAGAUUGACCAAGCAUGUUGCUCCUAAGGCUACCUAUAUUUUGUGGUAGAAUAUUAAAUUAUUGCUCCUAGAUUUGUUAACAAUUUAAGAAAUUUAGUCAUGCUUAUAUUCACUUCUAAAAUAAGUCUGUCUUAAGGACCCCUUCUGUGGGUGUGGAUUUACUAGUAAAAACUGAUAACAUUUUUUGUGGUAAGACUUAGGUCUGAAAUGGCUGAGAAAAACGUUUUUUUAUAAAGGAAAAAAAGGACUUAAUUUAAGGCCAUUUUUAAAAAUGUAGAAGUAAUCGCCCUAUUUUAAUUCUAGCAGACAAGCCAUUCUAAUAGGUAUUUGAUAUUAUUGGACACUUCGUUCAAGUUCUUUUCUUCAGUAAAAAGGGAACAUAUUUUAAUUUACAUUCCAAGCUAUCAGGAAAAUAAUACUUUAUUGUACAGGCUUUUAUUUCAUGUUUUGCUUGAAGAUCUGAUGUGCUAUAAUUCCAUGAAUUAAAAAUAAUAAAGACUAUCAUUCUGGAUCUGAAGACUUUUGAUACAUUUCCAAAAGCAAAAUUAAUUUCAGGAAGCUUUGAUAAGUCAAUGUUAUAAUUAAUCUAAUUUUGUAUAGUUUUUGUAAAUAAAUUAACAUCUUGCACAGUAAUGGAUGAUUUUUGCCCCAUCACUAAUUGUAGUUGUUUGAUACUGAAAUAAAUUUAGGUAGAGACUCUUAAAAUAAAGUAAUUUUUUUCCUAAAAUAUAAA